GGUCAGACCCAGCAGAUCGGUACGCGGGUCCAGGGAAGUGAAGCCCAGGAGCCCCUCAGCCACUCCAGACUGGGUGUCUGGCCCCGCCCCGCUGCGCCACGCCUUAAAGGGUGCGAAGCCCAGGGGCGCACGGCGCCAAGAUCAUGGAGGACGCCCUUGACGCCAACUGGAGCAUUGAGGCGGUCAACACGAGCGUAACGCCGCUGGAGGCCCAGGGCAACCUCACCGCUGGACCUCCGCGGCGCAACGAAGCUCUGGCGCGCGUGGAGGUGGCGGUGCUGUGCCUCAUUCUCUUCCUGGCACUGAGCGGCAACGCGUGCGUGUUGCUGGCACUGCGUACCACGCGCCACAAGCACUCGCGCCUCUUCUUCUUCAUGAAGCACCUGAGCAUCGCCGACCUGGUGGUGGCGGUUUUCCAGGUGCUGCCGCAGCUGUUGUGGGACAUCACCUUCCGCUUCUAUGGGCCGGAUCUGCUGUGCCGCCUGGUUAAGUACCUGCAGGUGGUGGGCAUGUUCGCUUCCACCUACCUGCUGCUGCUCAUGUCUCUCGACCGCUGCCUUGCCAUCUGUCAGCCCCUGCGCGCCCUGCGCCGCCGCGCCGACCGCCUAGCCGUGCUGGCCACUUGGCUCGGCUGCCUGGUGGCCAGCGCGCCUCAGGUGCACAUCUUCUCCCUGCGCGAGGUGGCGGACGGUGUCUUCGACUGCUGGGCGGUCUUCAUCCAGCCCUGGGGGCCCAAAGCCUACGUCACGUGGAUCACGCUCGCUGUCUACAUCGUGCCGGUCAUCGUGCUUGCCGCAUGUUACGGCCUCAUCAGUUUCAAGAUCUGGCAGAAUCUGCGGCUCAAGACCGCAGCGGCGGCAGCGGCAGCCGAGGGGGCCGAGAGCUCAGCCACGGUCAACCGGGGACUCCCGGUCCUGGCGCGUGUUAGCAGCGUCAAACUCAUCUCCAAGGCCAAGAUCCGCACGGUCAAGAUGACCUUCAUCAUCGUACUGGCUUUCAUCGUGUGCUGGACGCCAUUCUUCUUCGUGCAGAUGUGGAGCGUCUGGGAUGCUGACGCACCCAAGGAAGCCUCAGCCUUCAUCAUAGCCAUGCUCCUGGCCAGCCUCAACAGCUGCUGCAACCCCUGGAUCUACAUGCUUUUCACGGGCCACCUCUUCCAUGAACUCAUGCAGCGCUUCCUCUGCUGCUCCACCAACUACUUGAAGGGCAACCGAGCCAGAGAGACGAGUGUCAGCAAAAAGAGCAAUUCAUCCACCUUUGUCCUGAGCCGCCGCAGCUCCAGCCAGAGGAGCGGCUCCCAGCCAACCACGAUGUGA